AUGCCUCAUGGGCUCCUUGCGACGACACAUCGCAUUAUGUGCAUAGCCAGAUUACACAUUGUAAUUGAACAUCGUGGCAAUAAGCGUGCUGAUAGAGGUCACGAAGGCUCCGGAAGAGGGCUAUACUGCGACGAUGACCCUGUGACGAGAGACAGACGUGCUGGGUUCGACAAUUAUGAAGAGCCAAGUUACCCGCCAAACAGGCGAAGCAACGAUUUCGACAGAAACGAGCGUGAUGGCGGCAGAGAAAAUUGGGGUUUUGCGGAUCGCAAACAAAAUGAUGACAGACGUUUUUCUCCGAAUGACAACCGCGGUAGUGGAUAUGGUGGCCGCGGCAGAGGAGGUAGUAAUGCCUCAGGUGGAUAUAGUCAGGAAUAUCGUCGUCGUGAUGGUUUUGGAUCAUCUAAAGGCAAUUUUGACCAAGACGAUGAAGAUGGAGAACCUUUUGGUGGUUUUGGAGGUUACAGGAGAGAUGGUCAAAAAAGCACUGGAUUUGGUGACAGAGGGAGACCUCAACCACGUUCUUUCGACGAUCGCAGUGAUGAUUUUGAUAACCGUGGCAGGGACCGUGAUAGAGGAAAUGACCGAGGACGUUCUUUUGGAAACAGGAAGAGCGGCUUCGAUCGUGAAGACCAAGACGAGGACAGUGGUCGUUUCAGCAACCGUUUUAAAGAGAAUGAUGACAAUUUCGGUGGUAAUCGACGAGGUUCUCCUAAUCGCAGAGGUUUUGGAGAUAGGAACGACUCCGGCUCGUUUUCUGGAAGAGGAGGACGAUUCGGUGCGGGUGAAUCAGGCAGAGGAGGACGAUUCGGCGGAGACAGCUCAAACCGAGGUGGACGAUUCGGCAAGAGUGGUGGUU